AUGGCUCUGUUUUUGUGUGUUUUUCUGGCUGCCGCGGCCAGCACCCUGGGCUUCAAUGUGGAUAUUCCAUCCAGGGUUGUGUAUACGGGGAACUAUCAAUCUAUGUUCGGGUUUUCAGUUCAAUCUCAUGUGGAUGGUGAUAGGAAAAUGAUCUUAGUUGGUGCUCCAGAGGAUGAGCCUUACCGCGUGACUGGUGUGAAGCGACCUGGUGCUGUAUACCGCUGCGAACCCACAAGCAGAGGAUUCACAGCUGAAGACCUCACCAACCCACUACAAAUGUGCGAUCUCAUGGAGUUUGACAAGAAUAGAAACAACAACGUGGACACCGCCCAUCGCCAGAUUGACCAGAAAUCCAAUCAAUGGUUUGGUGCGACCCUCACAAGCACAGGCAGAAAUGGACCUAUAGUGGCCUGUGCACCACGUUACGUAUCCUUCGUGAACGCCAAACUGAACCAACGAGAUCCCGUGGGUUCCUGCUUCGUUGCCAAAACACCGGAUGCUAUAGAUGUCAACGAGUUCUCGCCCUGUCGAAACUGGUUCCGCACUCAGGAUGAUGCAAGCCACGGCCAACGAAAGACGGGGGUGUGCCAAGCAGGUUUUUCAGCGGCAGUAUCAAAGGAUGGACAACGCCUGUUUAUGGGUGCUCCAGGCAGCUUCUAUUGGCAAGGACGAACAAUAUCAAUAGAUCCUAGCGCAAGAUUCAACUACUAUAUGCCGAAGGAAGGUCAACUUAAAGUACAGACUCUGAAUCAGAGACCAGUUUUGAUCUCAACGCCUGAAGCUAGUCCUAAAUAUGACGACUCGUAUAUGGGCUAUUCUGUUACUGUUGGUGAUUUUGCUGGGCAGGGAAUCCAGGGUGUAGCUGUUGGAGUACCUAGAGGAUCAGAGUUGAGAGGCUUGGUGGUUCUAUAUACCUGGGAACUUCAAAACAUCAAGAACAUAAGUGGCUCUCAGAUUGGAGCUUACUUCGGGUACAGUCUUGCAAGUGGCGAUAUAGAUGGGGACGGUGCUGAUGAUGUCAUUGUUGGUGCUCCCAUGUUCACUAAGCCGAGGAGUGAUGGAUACGAGCAUGGAAGGAUAUACGUCAUCUACCAAGGAAAGAAUAGAUCCUUCUCCAAGAACCAUGCUAGGACUGGUGAGGUUUCCCGAGGCAGAUUUGGCCUGGCAGUAACUUCACUUGGUGAUAUUAACUAUGAUGGUUUUGGAGACAUAGCCGUAGGAGCUCCGUAUGGUGGUGAGAACGGCCGCGGUGUGGUAUACAUUUACCACGGAAGUGAACUGGGUAUCGGCGAGAAGUAUUCACAAGCCAUUACCGCUGAACAGAUCAGUCCAGCCCUUUCAACCUUCGGAUUUUCCCUAUCUGGAGGGGUGGAUCUUGAUAACAACAACUAUACGGAUUUGGCUGUGGGCGCUUACAAGUCCGAUAGCGUCGUGUUCUUGAAGUCUCGGCCCGUAGUCAAAGUAAUGGCGGAUGUGAAAUUCAUGGGUGAAAGCAAGUUAAUAUCUCUCACUGACAAGAGAUGUCGUCUCUCCAAUGGAACGCAAGUCGCCUGCGCACAGUUGAUGUUCUGCCUUACCUAUGAUGGAGUCAAUGUUGACCAGCAAAUAAAUUUCGAAGUGACGUUAGACCUAGAUUCACGUCAGAAGACCAGUAAGCGCCUGUUCUUGAUGGAGAGUAGACAGACCAUAUACAAAACUCAUAUUUUGCUAACACAAGGACUACAAGAGUGUAAAGAAGUUAUGGUGUACCUUGAUGAGGAAAUCAGAGACAAGCUGACCCCGAUCGAAGUAAAACUGAGUUACGAUCUGGUGAACCAGCCAUCUGGUAAUGUGGUCCCUCCAGUACUAGACCACACCAAGAGCAUAGAACACACGGACUCGCUCAACAUACAGAAGAAUUGUGGACCUGAUAAUGUGUGUAUACCCGACUUAAGGAUGUACGUUACAACGCCCAUAGUAAACUACGUACUGGGUUCAGGCGAGGAUGUGCACAUUGAUGUCAAAGUGGAAAAUGCUGCUGAAGACGCAUUCGAGGCGGCCUACUACUUACAAGUUCCUGCUGGGGUUACAUAUUCUAGAAUGGAAAGGCUUGAUAAAGACACUGCAGAUGCACCACCUAUCUACUGCUCUAUGAAGAAGAAGGGUAAUGACGGAAACAGCACGCUCAAAUGUGACCUGGGCAAUCCUAUGGCUACAGGGCAAAGUGUGAAUUUCCGUGUGAUUCUCGAAGUUGACGCCCGCGUGACGACAUUAAACUUUGACAUGGAGGCAAACUCAACCAAUCCAGAGCAGGGCACUCAAUAUGACAACAUACGACAUUUGCCAAUCGGGGUCGUUAUUAAAGCUGUUCUAUCUAUUAUUGGUACAUCAGACCCACCAGAGUUACACUACAAUGCUUCUCUAUACGAAUCGCAAAACCUUAAAGAUGACACAAAGCUGGGCCCACAAGUGAUCCACAAGUACAACAUCAAGAACGAGGGACCUUUCACGGUUGACGAAGCCGAGUUAUACAUCAUGUGGCCUUAUCAGACACUCACGGGCGAGAACCUGCUAUAUAUGCUCGUCCAGCCACAGUGGGUCGGAGACAUGGUGUGUGACGUAGCCCGACACGUCAACCCCGAGAACCUCUUCGUGCAGAAUCCUUACUCCUUCCUUCUCACUAAGGAAAAAGAAGCUAUGAUGAGCAGUGAACUUUACACAGCUUCUCAACUCGGCGGCGGAGGUACUUAUUACGGACAAAAAUACUGGGAACAAUCCUCGAGUAAUCAAGCUGGUAGCCAAGCUGGACAGGCCGGUCAAGCUGGACAGUUUAAUCAAGGAGGAAACCAAUUUGGUCAAAGCGGAGGGCACUUCAGUCAAAGUGGCCACACCACCCAAACAGGCACCCAAUACAAUAGUCAAAGUGGUAGUCACUUCCAAUCAGGUGGUCAAAGCGGUGGACAAUUUAGCACGAACUAUGCUUCAGGUGGCCAAGUAUCUACCGGACAAAGCCAAGGCUCAGGAGGUCAAGUUUCUGGAGGCCAACAUAGUAACCAUGCUGCAGGUGGCCAAAGCGGUAGUCAAUAUGGCCAAGGUGGCACCUACACUUACAACCGUACUUGGGGCGAGGAGAAUCUAACUGCUGAAGAAAGGGAAGCGAUAAGAAAGAACCUGGAAGCCAUAUCCAGAACUCCAAGUCAAAGCGGCCGUGGUUACAGCGGAGGGUCUUAUGAAGGUCGUGUUUAUGGCCAAGGUCAAGGACAGGCAAGCCAAGGGCAAGGAUAUGGUCAGAGGGUGUACAUCACAGGAGGGCAGCCGUUUGAAGCGGGUUAUGAUAAUGACGGACGCAUAGUACGAGUGAAGAACCGAACGAUAAUUUACGACUCGAAUCACAAUAUCGUCUCGCAGACAGAGACGAGCACAGAAUACGGUUCUCUGGGGCACGAGGGCGAAGCUGGUAGCUCAUUUAAUGCUUACCUGAAUAAGAACCGCGGUGAGAGUGGAUCGCAGGGUUUCGUGCACGGGGCGUGGUCCACAACUGAAACCAUCAAUCCUGAAAUAAUGAAUGCUGGGUCCACCACCUUCCAACGAGGCUCAGACGUCACUGUGGUCGGUGAUGAAGAUGAGGACCGACUUGAAGGUUUUGGAGUAUACGCAGCACAGAACAGUAAUAACGAGUUCAAAGUUGGCAUGGCUGACGUCACGGGAGCUGUUAACUCAAGACAAAGUGAAAACUACCGAGGUCAAGGGUUCCAAUCGAGACAGGGACAAAGUGGCCAAGGAUACCAAGGGAGUUACCAAAGUGGCGGAUACCAAGGUGGUAGCUACCAGGGAAGCAUGGCUGGAGGAGGGUACAGCUCUGGUGGAGGAUACUCUUACUCUUCACGAUCAGGCGGCCACUCUUAUUCCUCAUCUGGCGGUAGUUUUAGUUCAUCAUCAGAACAACGACACGAGAGUACACGACGCCGAAGACAAGAUGAGGUGGACCCUCAACUCAUGGAGAUGCUGAAACGCUGCGAAGAGAAAUACAAGUGCGAGGUGGUGAGGUGCAGAACUGGUCGUUUGCUUAAGGGACAGGAGGUGUGGCUUGCUUUGCGUGCCAGAAUCAACGCGACUGUGCUUAACGAGAUCUCAAAAGAACAGCCAGUCAAACUAUCAACAUUGACAGCGACCCGUGUCUCAAGAUUGCCCAUGGUCGGUCGCCCACAAGACCAGGGUUGGCAGACUGGCGAAGCGCAUACUGUGGUCACGCCACAGUUGGAAGCACUUUCCAGUGGUUCAAUACCGUUGUGGGUCAUCAUAUUGGCUGCUGUUGUUGGUGCUUUGUUACUACUCUUACUCAUCUUCGCUCUUUAUAAGUGCGGCUUCUUCAAACGCAACCGCCCUUCCGACCACGCUGAGCGACAGCCCCUGAACGGGCGCGACGAACACCUUUGA